ACUCAAUUUUCCCAGAAGACAUUUCGGCGAUAAAUAUGGCUGCCUGCACCAUUUUCGAGGAAGAUGAGGUCUGCUUGGUUACCCCAGAGAAAGGUUACAUCUAUGGGUUAGUGCUAGAAAACUCCGAAUUCCUGAGCAGCGAUGAAGAAAGUGAUGAUCUACCUGGUCAGAUCAAGAAUGGGACAGUUCGGGUGGCGUGGCACCCAGACGGAAAGGAGACAGUUGUACAGGAAGACAAGGUGAUCCUUGUUGAUCGAUCACUGAUGCCGGGAGAUGUUGUGCGCCGUCUCAUCCUCAAUGAGGACAGUCAGAGGGGCUACGUGAAGGACAUGAAUGUCACAUGCCAUCUGCAUAUACUGGGCACGGAUAAAUAUAUCUACAACAUUGACAGCAAGAGUCUGGAUCCGAUCACAGAAUUUGACACUGACCCUGGAGAGGUGACACUUGACUCCUGGGUUGGUAGAAUCGAGACUGUAAAUGAAGAUGUAACUCUCUUAUUCCCUGAUGGAGCAAGAUGUGUCAUCAGUGAUAGUGAUAUUUGUGUCUUUGAGGAUGCUUUGGAGAAACGAGGACGGCACACAGAGUUCUGUAAUUGUAACACAUACCCUGGGCGAGAGCUGCAUGCAACGAUGCACGACCUGUGCGACGUCAAGUGGUUGCAGGAAACGCCCAUGUACAAUGACUCCAUGAUUGACAGCAAACCCAGGAUGACAAUAAAUGUUGUGGUGGAAUCGGUUGUGACUAAGAGUGUAGAAGUACACUGGUUGUGUAGAGGGUUCUCCAAGGUUGCCAACCCUCUUGCCAAGCUGUCACCACCAGAGCGAAUUGUCCAAGGAGAGGACUUGAAACGGCUCCGUCCUCUGGACUGGUUUGCUCAUUGUAGUGUUCAGAUUGGUGAUAAGGCAUACUACACCAUUAAAGACACAGACACACUGGAAACGAGUCCACCAAAACGAAUGUUCGUGCCUCCUGUAAUCUCCAAAAUGUCGCCCAAGGAGGUCGACGAGUGUUGCACAGAGAAAGUGUUCAAGGCCAAGUCAGGUGAUGCCGAGAAGAGCGAGGACAGCGUGGACAAGGCAGAGGAAGCUGACCCAGCAGCGGAACAGGAGGCUGUUGAGCCAGUUACCAACGGUGAAGUUACAGAGAAUGAUGAAGAUUAUGAAGAUGUUGUAGAUGAUGACGGCUCUGAUGCUGGAUCCCAAGCGUCAGGACACUCCAACUCAGCCUCAGGGGCCAAGAAGAAGAAAACUUCCAGGAAAGGACCUCAUCUUGCUACUAAGUCACUGAAGAAAGUCCGAGGACGCCGUGCCAAACAGAAAUUAUUGUUACCCCAGAGGGUUGUCAACAUUGGGGAUAAAGUUGCUGUGGAGAUAUGCUAUACAUACACCAUGGCCAGUGUUGUGUGGCAGGACGGUACAGAGGAAGAGGACAUCCCUUCCCCGGAACUCUACCCCAUCCACCAUCUGGACGAACUUGAGUACUUCCCCGGAGAUUAUGUGGUGGAUGCUAAAGAUGUAACUGGAGGAAAUCAGUAUGGUUUGGUGGUGUCUUGUGACCAUCGUGAACGAACCUGUCUCACCCAGUGGAUGAAACCAUAUGAAGUCGGCAAAUCAAACAGACCGAUGGAGUAUGGCGAGCAGAAGGAGGUCAGUGUGUAUGACAUUAAGGAUCACCCUGACUACAAGUUUCGACCAGGACACAGUGUCAUCCGUGUUGGAGGAUUCGAGGACCGAGAACAGAAACUCCAUGCUGUGGGACAGGUGCACCGACUGGACCCAGGGAAUGGCAUCUCUGUCAAGUGGCCGGAUGGAUCCGUGUCGUCAUGCUACCCGCAGGAGCUCUAUAUAGUCAAUGAUGAUCCAAGUGACUAUGGAAGCUCAGAGUGGGAGACGUCAAGCUCAUCAGGGUCGGAAUCUGGCACGGACACUUCGUGGGAGACCGAGAAUGAAGAGGAAUUGAUGGAUGCAGAUGAUACCAUGUACAGUGAAGGUGCAAACAAGUCCUUCUUCAUGCUGUGCACCCACAAGAAGACAGAGCUGGACACACUACUGGUGCGAGCACAGACAGCUCUGUCAAAACUCGAGUCUCUUUUCCAAGGGCUUGACCAGAAUCUUCCCAAUGUCAGCACCUGUUACCAUGACAUACUUCGCAUUUACAAAAUCUGCAAAGAUUUGGACAAAAUACUGAAAUCCAACUUCUUUGAGGAGGAAGAGAUCACUGAUCUCAUUUCAGCAGUGCGACUGGAAAUAAAGUGUGAGAAGUCGCGGAAACUGGCCAAGCACUUGGAACAGAUGUUCCAGUCCUGGCAUCACGGUCUGUCGGACCACAGCAAGGAUGAAGGACAAGGUGAUGAGGAGGAUCUUGACCACUCUACUGCCGAGGACUCACGGAGUCUUCCUGGGGAAAUAGAGAGGAAUAUAUGUGUCAGUGAGGAGGAACUGGUGAAAAAUUUACAAAAUAAAGAAUGCUCAAAGAAGGGUGAUGAGGACUCAAAUACUUCCAAUGAUUCGGGGACAGAGGUUUCAGCAUCAUUGAACUCCGAGCCCAUAUGUGAUAGGGCAUCUGCUCAAGGGGAUAAUGCAGCAGUAGAUGUGUCUGCAAGACCUGGUACCGAAGCUGCACAGAAUGGUGCAUCAGUAAGCGCAGCUGGAGACAAUGACGCAAAGAAGGACAGCAAUCCAGACCCAGUUUCAACACAAAACGCUAAAGAGUUGUGCUUAAAGAUAUGUCGUAGACUCCACAUCUUGAUGGCGAAAAUACAGGAGGAGGUGAACUUGAGGUGGAAGAAAUGUGAGUCGACACAGACUGACCCAAUUGCAACACAGACAGAUCCAGCAGCUAUUGAGACUGCCUCUCAGCUAUCACAAGGAGAUGUGGAUAGUCCAGAUGUUGAUGGCAAAAUUAUCACACCAUCAAGCCAUCCCUGUAAAGUGGACGCCAGUACAGGUGAAGAUAAUUCUAAGGAGGAGGAUAUGGGGGAGGCGGAGCCGUGUUGUGAUAAGGUGAGGGACAGUGACUCACAGACGGAUGUUACGGAGGAGCCGAGCUGCAAGACGCCAUCUUGUGUGAAACUGAAGGAGACUGGCUUUACACUGGCAGAGGAGGUGGAGAAGUCAGAAGAGGCCAACUCAUCAGCUCCGACUAAAGGAUUUCAAAUGGAAAGUGAAGUUUUGGCAUCGCAAAAAUUCCGAUCUCAAGAGCAUGCUGCAACAGACCAGCGAGGCUUCAUGACAGCCGUUAGGAAAGAGUUAAAACUGUUAAGGACAAGUCUUCCAGACGGCAUCGUAGUCAAGGGUUUUGAAGAAAGACUGGAUUUAUACUCUGUGAUGAUAAUUGGCCCAGCUCAAACACCUUACGAAGAUGGACUGUUUUUCUUUGAUGUCCAGUUGCCCAAUGACUACCCAAACUCUCCACCAAUCUUCCACUACCACUCCUACUGCUCAGACAGACUCAACCCAAACCUUUACGAGGACGGUAAAGUCUGCGUCAGCCUCCUCGGCACCUGGUCCGGCAAGGGCAAUGAGGUGUGGACAAGCAGCUCAAACCUCCUCCAGGUCCUUGUCUCCAUACAAGGUUUGAUCCUCGUGGGAGAGCCGUACUACAAUGAAGCUGGCUAUGAGAGACAGCGCGGCACACAGCAGGGGCUGGAGAACAGCCGCAUGUACAAUGAGAUGGCCAUCCUCAAACUGAUACAGUCUCUUACAAGUAUGGUGAGAUACCCACCAGAGCUGUUCCGCUUAGAGUGCCACAGCCAUCUGCGAUCACAAGGACUCCGAAUGAUCCGGAGAUUAGAAACAUGGCUGCAUCAUGGAUCAGCUUCAGAGAACCCACCCACUCCAACAAACCAAACCAAUGGUGGGGAAUGUUCGGAUCAGAAACCCAGUGAAGGAAAUGACCGGGACAACUCCAUUCCUCCAGCAAAUGCUAGUGCAGAAUCUAAAACAAACGACAAAACCAGUGUUCAGGACCAAGGGGAGAUAACUCAGCCAUCUACAGCCACCGGUGAUGGUUCAACCAAGGAUUCCUCAAAACCAGACUUUCCCCUUCUUCCUGCUUCCAAAGGGUUUCGUCUCUCCUUGCAAUCUCAUCUGGAUCAGUUUCGCAAGUCUCUUGAUGUCCUGCAGACUGACAAGGUGUGACAAUGAUGUUGAACAUAUUGACUGUUGAAGUUUGCUGCUGCCCUGUGAUAAGCUAGACUGUAUGUAGUCAAGGGAUCAUGUCAACUUAACAAUAAUGAUUAAUUUUACAAGAUCACAAUCACUGCAAUUAAUCUAGUCAAAUAUUGUUUUUAUGUGACAAAAUCAUGUAAUGUAUAAUCAUUAUACUAUAAUGCCUUUUGGUAUGGUAUUUUUGUAAGUGUAAAGUUUCCAAAGUACCAAAUUGGUGUUGUCUUUGCAUUUCGUACUUAAAGUUACCAUACCAGUGUUUCAGGACUUUGGCUUAUUGUCAUCCCAAAUGUCCUGAAGAUAGUUUUCAAAUUUGGUCAUGAUAAAGAGAAUGUCCUAUCAAAAGUUCCUAAAAUCAUGAAAAACCACUGAUCUUACAAUGUGGAAUUUGUAACAUCAAUAGAAAAUUUGAAUGCCUUUGAUGUGAAAAUAACAAAAAAAAUAAAUUGUUUGAUCAGUAGAAAGUCCUAUUAAAAACACUUUGGCAUGGUCCCUUUUGGAUAGAAGUCACCCUACCCCGCCCCUCUCUCAGGUCCCAGGUGGCUGUCGCCCCUCCCCCUUCGUCUUACAACUGUAUAUUUCUGUUAUACUGUGUGGUGUCUUAGCUGUAAUCAUGGUACCACAUUUCACCUGUCACAUGAGUUCCUUCCAUGAAGUGUUCCUGUGUAGUCACAUUGAGAAUCUAGUGCAGUGUUCGUCCAUGUUCCUAUGUCAACUGCAUAACUGAAUGCGACUGAAAUGAACUGAAGUAACUAUCUGUGAUGAUGUCUCCUACUGAUGCUAUUUUUUCAGGGGAACAAUGUUUUAAUAUCUCUCUUGAAUUUCUGUUCAUUGUCGUUUUCCAUUGACCGUUGUUCAGGUUGAGGUACCCAAUAAUGAAUUGAAUUCACAAUCCACCAUGAACUUAGAAAACAGGCUGAGUGCUAAGUAAACUUUAUUGUCACUGACAAGAUUAAAAAGUUUUUUGUGGCAUAAAUAAGUUUCAAAACAUCUUUAUGUGUAUGUAUUUGUAUAAGUAUAGAUAUAUUACAUGCACACAUAUAGAUAUGUUUUGAUAUAUAUAUGACAGUUUCUGUUAAGAUGCUUCCCAAGAACUGUCUUUGCUAGAUUUCACAUUCGCAGUGUAAUUGUACUCUUUCAGGUCUUUUUUGUCAAAUGAGCCUGCUAAUGAGCUUGCCUCGUUACACACUGAUGUAUGGCAAGCCCCACUGUUAACAAUAAAAAAUAGGAAAAGAUAA